AUGGCCUCUGAAUUUGACUUUCCAGCACUAGCCACGUCCACAUUGUUCCUGUCACUCUUCCCCUGUGUGACUGAGACAUGGUGGUUUAAUCUGGACUGGCCCUGUGUGGAGGAGUCAGAGCCUCAGCAGCAGGAACAACAGCAUUGGGCUUGGCUCCUGGUACCCAUUGGCAUGCCAGCCUCAGAGCACUAUGGGGACGAGGAAGAGGAGGAGGAUGAAGACAGUGAAGACAGGGACGAGAGUUCAGAGGAUGAUGAGGACACGCAGGACACGGACGAGCUGAGUGACUAUAAUGAGUCACUCAGCAAUGGAGAGGUCAACGAGGUGGACGUGGAAGGCAAUGAACAGGAUCAGGACCAGUGGACGAUCUAG